AUGAUUGGUAAAUUUGUAAAAAGAUGGUAUAAUGCAGACUCGAUUAUAUCCGGUUCCAAAAGAGCUAAACCAAAAAUUAAUACAACAGAUAUAUUAAAUUUAGAUGAUUUGAAAAGACCAUUAAAUGAAAUUAGGGAUAAUCAAGACCUGUUUAGUGAACCUAUUAAAUUAGAAACUAAAAGUUCAAUUUCUUCACCAUCAAAUAUUCAAUUCAAAAAUCAAAUUGAAGAAGAAGAAUUCAUAAAUAAUCUCAUUGAAUCUAGUUUUCUUAAUAAAGAUGAUGCUAAAGGUAUUGAACAACUGGUUCAACUUGAAAAUAACUCAUUAAAACAAUUAUAUCAAAAUUGGAAUUUAACAAGUAAUCAAUUUUUACCAUUGUCUAAUCCAUUAGGUUCUGAAUCAACACCUUUUCAAUUUUAUAAGACGCAUAAUUCAGAUUUAUCAAUUUUGAAACAUCCAAGAUUAUCAGUGACAAAAUUAUUAGUCUCUAGUUGGUGUGAAUUACGUGAAUAUUAUAAAAUUUAUGCUGGAUCUCCUAUAUUUGAAAAAUCUGAAUCGAUGAUAUUAGGUUCAGAAUAUCAUGUAAAAUUAGAGGAAGAAACACAUGAGAAAAUUGAAAUCAGUGUUAAUUUAACAGGUAUGGUUUUAAAUAAUAUAAAUGAAAUACGGAAAAUAGAUGGAUUGGAAAGGGAAACGAUAUCCAACGAAGAUGAACUUGGUAAAUUAUGGUGUGAUCAAAUCAUAUAUCGAUUGUUUUCAUUAAUUACUCAAAGUGAAGCAAGGGAGAUUUUAGUACAUGGUUAUUUGAAUUUAAAUCGAAAUGAAAUAAUUGAAAAUAAAAAUGAGGUGUCAAGUAAUGAUUCAGUUUUAAUUUCAGGUAUCAUUGAUUAUUUGAGUAUAAGAAAUCUCGAGAAUUGGAACGAUAGACAUUUAUUCAAUGUUAUUGAAGAAUUUUUAAAUCAAGAAGAAUAUAUUAAUGACGUUUUAAUUUUUGAUUUACCUAGAUUUUUCAUUGGAAUUCGUGAUUUAAUUUCAAAAUAUGGAAAUGAUUAUUCUUUAUCAAUUAGUGAUAUCAAAACUAGAAAAUUUCCAAACAUUCCAAAACAAAAAUCAGUAAUUGAUUCUGCAAAAUUACAAACAUUUUAUUAUAAUUAUUUUUUAAAAUUAUUGAGUUCUACUUCAGAAUUUUCAUAUAAUUCGUUAAUUGAAAAUGCAAUGAGGAGAGGAUUAGAUGUAGAUAAACCAUUGGGGAUAUAUACAACAUUUGAAAUAUUGAUUAACUUUUAUCCAUUAUUUUUGAAAGAUUUUAAAAAGAUGUCAAAUGGGGAACCAAUUGGAUUUAAACAAUUUGAUGAAAGAGAAUCAUCUGAAAAUGGUAAAUUUGAUUUUGGUAAAUUUAAUUUUGGUAAAUAUUUUAAUUAUAGUGAAAAUUAUGCAAAUGGUAUAAUUGAUCAUUCAAGUUUUUUAAAUGAAUUAUCCCAGGCUGACUCUAUGAUCAAUUUCGAGAAAAUUCUAUUACCAUUAUUGAAAAAUUGGUCAACUCCAAUCACAUUAAGAUAUUUAGCAGCUAGAUCGAGUCAAUUUUUUGAAGUACUAAAGCAAUUCAAAACUCCUUAUACUUAUGUUGAGUAUCAUUAUUUGAGAACUGGUCAAACUAUUGAAACUAAGAUGUUUGAUUAUGAUAUUAAUGAAUUGAAAGAUGAGGUUAUAUCAGCUAGUAAAUUUUUUAAUGGUAGUAGGAAACCGAUAGCAACUACAGAUAAAUCAAAGUGUAAAUUUUGUGAAUUCAAAUCGAGGUGUAAAAUUGGCUCUGAUUAUAAAGGUAAUGAUGAUAUUGAUGAAGAUUCACCAAAGAGUAAUGGUUUGAAAAUAAUUGACUUUUUGAAAAAUAUAGAAGAAAAUAAAGAAAUUGUAUAA